UAUUAUUACUUUAGAAAUAUUAUAGAUAUUCUAUUAAUAAUAUCUUAAUGUAAGUUUAUUUUUAUUUUAUUUUAUUAUUAAUUUAUAAUAUUAAUUAUUUAGUACAUGAUGAAAAAUUUGUCUAAACCAUAAUAUUUUGUUUUUAAUGCAUCAUUUUUUAUAUUAAGUACAAGUGUAAGACUUCUUGGAUUCUUGGAAUUAUUUCAAUUUAGAAUAAUGAAAUAUUAUUAUUAUUAUUAUUAUUGUAAUCAUUCUUUCAUUGUUAGGAAUUAAAAUUCAUAGUCGGACGAAUGAUUUAUCAUGGUUGAUUUAUUGAAUUGCGCACAGCAUUUGUACUUGGUAGGUAAUUAAGACAUUUUGAAAUAAUCUAAAGAGUAGUUCACUUAUUUAAAUUAUGAUUUCGUUCUUUUACAAGUAUAUCUGUGUGUAAUUCAUUGGAAACAAAAUGGUUGUAUAAUAAAAUAUUUUUGAAAUUAUUUCAGUUAUAAUAAUUAAGCAGAUAACAUUUUCGUUAAAAUCGGUAACAACUAACAAUUAUUACCUAUUUUGUAUUAAAUUCAUCAAUUCACGGGUUAGUUAAUAAAUAAAUAAAUUGUAAUAUGAAAUAUAUUAAUUAUGGAUUAGUACUUAUUCGAGGCCAUGACCAAGAAAUAAAACGUUGUAUUAAAUUAUUUAUUAAUUAAAUCAUUAUUUCUGUCAUUAUUUAAUCUACUUCAAUUGGCGUUCUUAAACAAUAAGCAUUAAUCAUUUCACGAAGACAGUAGUGCCCAAUUCGUUGUCUUUUAAAUAGAUACCUACUUUGUAACUGAAUAAUUAUUAUAUACUAUAUAGUUAUCUGAUUAUUGACAACCACUGUUUCUUUACCAACAUUUUUCUCAAAUACCAAAUAACUAGUUACUCUGAUAAUUGAAUGUACGCUGUUAUAUCAACUUCAAGUCACAUGCACGUCUAAUAUGAAAAACAAAAUGGUAACAGACACAGAUGACUAUAAUCAAAAAAAAGAAGUAGAUCCAAAUUGUUUAUUAGAUGAUCGAGAACAUAUUAACAAAACAACUAAAAUAUCAUGGAUUCUAGUCGUAACAACAAUAAGUACUAGUUUAGGCUGUUCAAUUCCCGCCGGAUACAAUACCGGAGUUGUAAAUUCCCCUGCAGAAAUAUUGAAACAAUGGUGCAACGAAACUAUCAUGGAUCGCUAUGCUGUACAAUUUUCAUCUGCUCAACUUGAUGGUCUUUGGUCUAUACUGGUUUCCGUAUUCUUGAUUGGUGGUAUAAUCGGUGGUGUAGCUGGUGGUAAAUUAGCAAAUGCAUUAGGCAGGAAAGGAACUUUACAAAUUAUAUAUCUGAUUAAUUUAGUAUCUAGUAUCAUCUUUUUUAGCUCUAAAUCAUUAGUUCGUGUAGAAUUAUUUUUCAUUGCAAGACUUUUAUCUGGUCUAUCUGCUGGCCUCACAAUGGCAAUGGUACCAAUGUACUUAUUAGAGUUAUCGCCUUCCGAUAAAAGUGGUGUAUUUGGUGUGAUGUUUACAGUAGGUUUGAACUUUGGUGUGGUAUUGUCUCAGUUUUUAGGCCUGGGAAAUAUUUUAGGAAAUGAAUCGUCAUGGCAUUAUUUAUUUAGUCUAUAUGGAUGUUUAGUAUUAUUAGCACUUCCUACUUUAAAAUUUGUUCCCGAGAGUCCUAAAUACUUAUAUACUGUACGCAAUGAACACAACAAAGCAUUAUCAGAAUUAAGCAAUUUAAGAGGAAUGCCAAUAUCUGACAUAAGUUGGGAAUUAGAAAAUUUGAUCGUUUCUCCCGAAAGGUGGACGUUAAGAAGGGUUAUCAAUGAACCUACUAGCCGUAAAGCCAUUAUAAUAACCUGUAUAAUAAUGUUGGGACAACAACUUUCUGGAAUAAACGCAGUGUUUUAUUAUUCUACGUCAAUAUUCAGAAAUGCAGGCAUGAGCACAGCUGAUGCUCAGUAUGGAAAUUUAGGCGCAGGAGUAAUAAACUUUAUUGUAACUAUUCUAUCAGCUACAUUUAUCGACAAUUUUGGACGCAAAACAUUGCUACUAUUUAGCAGUGCCGUUUGUGUAUUUAUGCUCACAGCGUUAAUGAUUUCAAUGCUUUUAUCAUCUAUUGGUUCAAUACCUGGAAUAUCUUAUUUUUUGAUAGUAUUCGUAAUUGGUUAUGUUUUAUUCUAUGGGUUUGGAUUAGGACCAAUACCAUUCUUUAUUGGAUCUGAAUUAACCGAUGUUGGACCCAGACCUAUCAUAAUGUCAGCAAUGAGUGUUGCUAAUUGGUCUGGAAAUUUUUUAGUUGGACUUACAUUUCCUUUCGUCAACCUUAUUCUCAAACAAUACUCUUUUCUUCCAUUCAUCAUGUUCACCAUAUGUUUAAUUAUAUUUACAUGGAAAGUGGUUCCAGAAACCAAGCCAUCUUUAGAUCAACAGAAUAUUGACAAUGAAUAAAACUAAUAAAAGCCGAGAUUUUAUUAAUAAUGCUUAAAUAUUAUAUUAAAAGUUAUUAUUGACUGUGAUUAUUUAUUAUCUAUAGAACGUAUACAAAAUAGAAUCGAAUUUAACUGAUGAAAUUUGUUAUGUUAAUUUAUUAAAUGUUAGAUUUAUUUAUUUAAGUUUAGACAGUUUAGUACAUAUACUAUAUAGUUUCAUAUAUAAUUAUUAAAAAUAUAAUUACUAAGUACUAUAAUAUGAUGGAUAAUGAUUAUUUUAAUAAAUCUCCUUGAGCGGGCUAGGAACGUACAAUAAUAAUACGCGCGUCUGUACUCUGUACGCCAAACUUACACUUUUUUAAAUUACUUUAAAACCCACCUUUAAAGUAUUGGUUUUUGAAAAAAUGUAAUUAAUGAAUACCAGAGUCAAUAAAGUGUUCAUUUAAAUUUCCCCUAGAAUUUUAUGGUUUGAAAAUAAAAGACAUCUACUAAUAUAAAAGUCAAAAGAUAAAUUUUUUUCGAACUUCGCAGUAGUUUCUAGUAAUUUUUAAAAACAAAA